CUGAAAGAAUUGCAGGAUGAAAUUCUGAUUAAAAAUGGAGAAAUUAAAGUUUUGCGUGACUCAAUGCAGCAGAUGGAGAAUGCCAUGGAGGAACAGAAGAGAUCACACGUGCUACUGGAACACCAAAAAUCUCAGACCUUAAGCGAAAAAGAAAAAGAGUUCUCCAAAAAGUUACUGUCAUUACAGUCGGAGCUGCAAUUCAAAGAUGCAGAAAUGAAUGAACUAAGAACAAGACUUCAGAGCUACGAAAGAACUAAACACAGCACUCAGACAGUUUUAAUACCAAGCCCUCAAAAGAAUUUUGCAGUACAAGUGAAAUCAGAAGGGUGUCCUCCACAGCCCGGGAGAAGAUCUUUUCCUACCAAGGAAUCCUUCAGUGCUGAAAUGUCCACCAGACCCUCGUGUUCUUCAGGAACUUCCAUUGCUGCGACUGCUUUGAUCAAAGAAGACAGCAAGAUAACCCAUCCUGAAGGUUUAGCCGUGAAGCACGAAGCAACGGGAAAAAAUGAUUGCUACAACUUUGUAUGUAAACGAAACACACAAGGUGCUAUCUUACUAAAUGCACUGAUGAAGCAGCCCGUUGUCCCUGGGUCAUUACUAGGACUCUGCCAUCUUCUCAGCAGUUACACUGAGCCUCUGCCUGGAGCCGUACUGCAGCCCAGCUGUUUGGAUGUGAAGUCCACACAACUACCCAGCAGCCGGCCAACUCAAGAAGAAACUGCUCCUCGUGUAUCCCUGCGAGAAGCUCAAAAACUAGCAAUAACAGGCUUGAACUUGAUUGCCGUGGAUGAAGGAUUACCUGAAGGAAACCCAACAGAAAGCCAGAGAGAGUUCUUGCACUUCACACGCUGCAAGAUCCGAGGUGCCGUGCACCUCUUGCCCUUGGUAGAACACCAUAUUGGUGCAUACUGCCAAGCAGUGCAAUUGUUGGACAAGUCAGUAAAUGGUUCUUGUGGAAACCAUUCAGCUGUUUCUCCCAGGACCAGCACAAACACGGUGUCAAGUAAGGAGGACGUCAGGUUGUCUCUUGAAGAAACUACGGUUCUGUCGCUGGGUAUUCUUUAUUAUUUGGCAUUUUAUAGCUGGGAUGUUGUCCACACGUUGCUAUCUACUGAAGUGGAAAAAAGCUCUGCUGCUGGAGAUGACCAGGUUUCCAAGAUGGACAGGAGUGUGUUGUGUGAUAAACAGUGCAAUAAUGAAGGUACCAGGACACAAGGAGGGCUGCCUGUAGCUCCACAGGAUGCUCCCAAUAAGGAUCGAGCUCAACAUUCUUUGUUUAAAAAGCUCCUUCAGGUUUUAGCUGUUUCUGCUGCAAGAGGCUCGCAGACUGACGGUAUAUUGAACCAAAGCCUAAAAGUUUUGGUGAAAUUAGCUGAAAAUUCAACAAUGGACUUGCUAAUAAAUUUUCAGCACUUACUGAGUAAUCAGAUGCUGCUCCGGUGCCUGUGUCCAGAGACCCCUUUGCCUGCUGUCCUUCUGACUGUGAGAUUGUUGUCUAUUCUUGCUCAACACCACGAGCUGGUUGCUCAACUUUGUUCUCAUUCAGACACCUGCCUUCUUCUUGCACUGUACACGUAUAUUACAUCAAGACCGGAUAAAUCAGCGUCUGAAAUGCUUUGGCUUCAGCUGGAGCAAGAGACAGUCAGACUCCUGACAAGGUGUAUGCGGUGUUGCAGCCCCGCGGUUUUGUUACCUGGUACAGACUGCCAGUGUAAUCUCGAGGUGGUUAAGGCACUAAUUAUAAUGUUACAUAGGCAGUGGAUGAAGAUUAGAAGAUCUGAGAACAGCUUGUGUGCCUAUAAGGAGAAAAUUAUUCCGUUUCUACGGGAUGCUGUUUUACUCUUACACAGUCUGUCUCAGAAAGAUAAACUGUUCCAUGAACACUGUUUGGAAGUUCUCCAUCAAUAUGACCAAGCCAUGCCAGGCAUAAGAGCCGUUCUCAAAAAGACUCAAAAACUGAGUGCCUGUGAAG